AUGCUUAAGUGGAUUCAAGGCGGUAUUUCUGCCGUGACCGGUAUUGCGGAACCAGAGUAUGGUAAGGAUUUCAUCCACCCAGUGACCGGGCAGGUGAAGGACAAACAGCCCUUCCAUGUUGCCGAGAGAGAAGACUUCCAUUGGCUGAGCCCUACUCACACCAAUGUGGAGACCAUGACUUUCUACUUUACUGACCUGAAGCAGGGCUACAUAGGCUUUGCUCAGGUCAUUCACUCCAACGUCGUGGGCAUCCACACGACGGCGCAAUUCACGUUCAGACUGUACAAUGUCAAGGAGCCAAAACUGAACGUGUGGACCUCGACGAAGCUGGCGAACUUCAGAAUUGACGGUCCUAACUUCUACGCUGACGACCUGUCUAUUGAGAUGAACGAGGCCGGCUCGCAGGUGAGAUUCCAGUCAUCCGUCAACCCCGCCAGCGUAGUCGACUUGACGUUCGAGCGUGCGGUUCCUGGUGUCAAGGUUGGUGCUAACGGCACAACCUACUACGGCGAUAACCUAGAGCAACCCUGGGGCAGCAUGAGACACGUUUUUUGGCCCAGAAACUUCUGUCAUGGUACGUUGAAAGUCAAGCCUGAGUUGGACAGCGAAUCCGACACUGAGGCUGAAAAGGAGGUGCCUGUGCAAGAAAUCGUAUUUGAAAAGGGAGCGCCCGUCUUUUCAAUGUUCGUUAUGGCGCUACAGGGCAUGAAGCCUCACCACGCCGCGAAGGCCUGGAACUUUCUGAAUUUCCAAUCGGAGACCCACAGCGCGGUUCUCAUGGAGUUCACCACGCCUAAGUCGUACGCAAACACAAAGAUCUGCGUCGGGAUACUUUGUGAUAAGAAAGAUAUCAUAGCUGUCACCAUAGACAACAACUUCGAGCACUUGGACACCAAGAUUGACUCUGUGGGGUGGCCAGUUCCUCAUAAGAUAGACGUUUCUUUCAAGGGCGUAAAAUCUGAUGUGAGUGAUGAAGAGGUCGCAACCGCGUCGCCAGUGACAGCUCUUGCUUCGGGACCUCUGGAGCAGCUGGUCGAAAGGGUCGAUGUCAUGAGCGAGAUCCCAAGUUUUGUGAAGAAUAUUGUGUCGGGCGUGGCGGGCACGAAGCCUUACAUCUACCAAUAUGCUAACGAUUUCAGCCUACGCGUCGAUGACGCGGCCCCAGUUUCUGGAACGGGCUGGUGCGAGAUCACUUUUAUUUCAGAGGCCGAAGAGGUCACUGAAGAGUCUUACAGCGAGACUUAG